AUGUGGCUUGCGAGUGGAAAAUCGAACAACAGCAACGCGGCGAGGAGGAACGGGAGGAACGGUCUUGUUGCGGUAGCCAUUGAUAAGGAUAAAGGAAGCCAAGCUGCACUCAAAUGGGCCACUGAGAAUCUCCUCACCAGGGGCCAAACUGUCAUUCUCAUCCACGUCGUUCAGAGAUCGUCUUUAGAUCUCAAUGGAGCUACGUGUGGCCACAAGCAAGUACACGAAAAGCAAACUAAAGAGCUACUACUCACCUUCCAUUGCUUUUGUAGUAGAAAAGACAUAAAUUGCUUCGAUGUGGUGCUGGAGGACACAGACGUGGCGAAAGCGAUAACGGAAUAUGUCGCACAUGCUGCAAUCGAGAACUUGGUUCUUGGAGCAUCCCGCCAUGGAUUUAUAAGAAGAUUAAAAACGGUAGACAUACCCAUGAGCGUGUCAAAAACAGCACCCGAUUUCUGCACGGUUUAUGUCAUAUCCAAAACAAAGAUAUCUUCUGUGAAGAAUGCUUCUCGCCUAGCGCAAUUCGUGUCCCCUCUUAAAGCUCAAAUACAUCAAAUGGAGCAGGGCAAUGGUAAUGUUUCCCCUCGCGAGACAUUUCACAAGCACACGCCAAGUAUCAGAGGUUCGUCUUUUUUGAUUCUGCUAAAGGAAAGCGUUGAUGACAUUGAUAUAGUCAAGUCACCAUUUUCGAGGGGAAGUAGGUACAAUGGGAAGCCGUAUGGUGAUUUCUCGGAACCUGAUACUGACAUAUCAUUCAUAAGCUCGGAUAGGCCCAGCGUAGAUAAGUUAAGCACAGAUCGAAUUUCUGGUUUACUCUUUGACGGCGUUGAUUCUUGUCGAACAUCACGAGUGUCCACCAGCUCGGAUAGUAGCUAUGGAUCGAUUCGCUCGGGGGCCAGAGGGAGUGAACAAAACAGUUUCACUGAUUUCUCCUCAUCGUCACUCGAAAGUGAUGACGUGGAAGCCGAAAUGAGAAGGCUAAAGCUCGAGCUGCAGAGGACUAUGGAAAUGUACAGCACUGCCUGUAAAGCAGCUCUAACAGCACAACAAAAGGCGGUGGAGCUUCAUCGAUGGCGUAUGGACGAAGAACGGAGACUAGAAGAGGCUCGGCUUUCUGAGGAAUCCGCAAAGCUGACCGCCGAACAGGAAAAAGCCAAGUGCAGAGCAGCCAUGGAGAACGCUGAAGCAGCUCAGCGAAUUGCGGAAAUCGAGUCCCAAAAGAGAGCAAGCGCUGAAAUGAAAGCCCUUCAGGAAUCGGAUGAGAAAGACAAGGCGAUGAGCAUGUCACAGUUGAGAUACAGAAGAUAUUGUAUCGAAGAGAUUGAGGAGGCGACAGAGUAUUUUGCUGAAGCACGAAAAGUUGGAGAAGGUGGCUAUGGACCUGUAUAUAAGUGUUACCUCGAUCAUACACCUGUUGCAGUUAAGGUUUUGCGACCUGAUGCUGCUCAAGGAAGAUCACAGUUUCACAAAGAGGUUGAAGUGCUGAGUUGCAUGAGACACCCCAACAUGGUGCUACUCCUCGGAGCAUGCCCGGAAUACGGUUGUCUAGUUUACGAAUACAUGGCUAAAGGCAGCCUUGAGGACCGUCUCUUCAGGAGAGGAAACACUGGUGCUCUCUCAUGGCCACUUCGGUUCAGAAUUGCAGCAGAGAUUGCCACUGGCCUGCACUUUCUCCACCAGACAAAACCAGAGCCAUUGGUCCACCGUGACCUCAAACCAGGAAACAUCCUACUGGACCAGAACUACGUCAGCAAAAUCAGCGAUGUUGGACUGGCGAGGCUCGUACCUCCUUCUGUUGCCGAUGACGUCACACAGUAUAGGAUGACGUCAGCAGCCGGAACUUUCUGCUACAUAGAUCCUGAGUAUCAACAAACGGGGAUGCUUGGGGUCAAAUCGGACGUUUAUUCGUUCGGUGUGGUGCUGCUACAGAUUAUAACAGCCAAGCAAGCGAUGGGUUUGACUCACCACAUAAGCCGUUCGAUUGAGAAGGGGACAUUCGCAGAGAUGCUAGAUCCUGCUGUACCUGAUUGGCCGGUUGAGGAGGCUUUGGUAUUUGCGAAGCUGGCUCUUCAGUGUGCUGAGCUUAGGCGGAAAGACAGGCCGGAUCUCGGGCGAGUCGUUUUGCCAGAGCUCAAUAGGUUAAGAGACUUUGGUGAUGAAAACAUGAACCAGUUUCUGGUUCCGUCCUCCUGUCCCAGAGCUGCUUCUGCAGAUAAUAUGGCAGCGAAGAGUGACCCUCAUGCAUCAUCCAAACACAGCGAUCUGAAGGACUAUGCUAGUUCAGCAUCUCUGCCAGACAACCUGUCAGGUAUAAUCAAGAACAACCUGCAAAAGACUUAGCAUUGUGUAAUGAAACAUAAAUGGUUGUUAACUUACUAUACUUUCAUCUUUUUAUCUUAUAGAAACUACUGAAUGAACAACAGCAGGAAAGUUCGUUAAAAACAAUCAAUGCACGAGUUUUCAUCGGUUACCAUGGUUUUUUUUCUCUCGUAGUGAUGCUUUUGUAGCUGCACUAGCAAAAGGGAGCUCGGGCGAAAAUCUCUGAAGCUCGUCAGCUGUUUAGUUAUAGAAAGAGUGAAAAGUUCAAAGAAAGGG